AAUAAUGAAGGACAUCACCAUCCUUUAAUUGGCGGUGAACUCUGAAGCUCGCGGCUGUAAUGCCGAACCGUCCCGAAGUGAUCAUCGUCCUCUCUCAACUGUUUCGAAAUCUUGCGAUCUCUACUUCGUAGAUCUCGAUUUGUUCCAAUUCCGCGAAGAUUUCGUGGCAGUCCAUCUGAAAUAGGCAAGGCCAAGCACCACAUCAAAGAUUACUACUAGAUAGAUGAAAAUUUUCGAGAUAUGCCAUCUCCAGAUUCUGUUGACAACUUUAUCCUAGUUGAAGAGCUUGGUGUUCUUGGAGGUUGCCUUUGUGUGCUUGUUCCUGGCUAUGGGGUUUGUGAUUAUGUUUGGGUGAUGAAGGAGUAUGGCAUGAGGGAUUCUUGGAUCAAAUUUACAAUCAAUUGUAAUAAUUUUUGUAAACCAUUGUGUUUAUCAACGACUGGUGAAGUUUUGUUGGAGGUUAGUCAAAGAAAGUUGGUCCUCUUCAAUCCACAAGAGAGAAAAUCUAAGGAACUUGUGGUUCGAGGCAGUCCAUAUCUUUUUGAAGCAGGAACUUACAUGGAGAGCCUUGUUUCACCCAAUUUCAGCAAUAUUAACGAUCAUGAGGGAUCAAGGGCAGAUUCUGCGGCAUGAGGCAGUGGUGCUUGGAGCAGAACAACUUCAGUUUCAGGAAUCAACCGUUUAGUCGUUCAACGAUGGCUUGUGGAGAAGAGAGAGAGAACGAAAGACAUUAAAAUAAACAAAAACUUUGUGGUUUGCAGCUGAAUUUGGCAUAAACCUAUUUUAUUAUCUAUUUUAUUAUCUUUGUUUGGAGUUUUGAACCUAAUGUUGCUUUUCUUUGUGUGGAUCCGUUAAAUGUUCUGGAUGUUUGAUCACCCAAUUUGGAAACUAUUUAUGUGGAUGAAAACUUUAUGCUAUUUUCCUUUGACUUUGGUUCUCAUUCA